AACUGCUGUGUGUGACUGGACAUGCAGUUCACAGUGGAUAUACUACACUCAGUCACGUCAUGGCCAAGCUGUUGCUAGGCAACCUACAAACUGAGGUUUCAUAUCAAAUCAGGCAUCAAAGAGGAGACACCUGGACACCUACAAAAGCUCCAACAUGUGUUCAAAUGCUUAUAAACACUGCUGCGUUCACCAAAUGAAUGAUCACUAUUAAGGAUUUGUUGGUGAUGAGGAGCUAAACCAUCAUGAACAAACAGCCUCUGAUGAUGUGUUACUCUGUGUCUUUGUCAGUGCUUGGCUGCACUGCUGUCGUGUCCACAGUGGAUCCACAGCUGACCCGUCUGAGCUGUUUCAUAAGACUGCGGUGGCUGGCAGAUACAGAGCGACGGGAGAGGACGAGCGAGAGAAUUAGCGAGGGAGAGGGAGCAAAUAGAGCAGAAGAAUAUGGGCCUGACAAAAAGGAAUCCAGCCUUCCUCCAGAUGAAUGAGGGCUGCAAAACCACGGAUUAGAGGAGCCCGUGGCUCGUUCCCAUGGAAACCUCUGCCCAGGGAGACAACGAUGAGAAUGCAGCAGAUUGUAGGUCAGACAAGCCAACAGCGAUCCAAUCAAACCUAAUCUCUCCUGACUUGUGGGUCAUAGAUUGAGCGGUAAAGCUGGAGCUAUAGCUGCUUUCCCCACUGGUCCCAGCUACGGAGCAGAGCAGUGGAUGUCAGACAUCAGCCGCUGCACAAAGGCUAAAUACCCUGUGUGAGGCACAUAUAGAAAUAAUGUCUCAGUGAUGUUGUGUUUGUGAAUAUAGCUACAAAUACUAAUGUGUGACAGUGGUUUGACUGAGGCAAACUUACACAGAGCUGUAGUCAGUGACACAACCAGUGAGCAGAUUUCCAGAGGAGCUGGAGCGUUAGUGCCUCCUCCCGCACUGAUGGAGGAAAAACUCCAGAAACCUGCAGAUCCAUGAUCUGGAAAAGAUCCCACUCAGUGCAGUAAAAACCGAAACUAGCCCGGCAGAAAAUUAAACUUGUUCCAAAACUAGAGGUGAAACGGAUUCAAUAGUGAUUGAGCACAUGGUGUAUAUGUGCGUAUAUGUGUAAACACAUGUAUGUGCUGGUAUAUGUAUGUAUUUAUACAUAUAUUACAUGUCCGUCCUGAUAAUACUUUUUUCUGUUUUCAAUCUUCCCUUCUAUACUAUGUGAAAACAAUCAUAAGUGUGCAAAGCAAUUUCCCUCUGGGAUUAAAAACGUUUUUUGAAUCUUGAAUCCUAAAUAGUCAGCAGUGUGAAACCUGAACCCACAUCGUCCUGAACAAACAUGAACACGAACUCUAAAGCUCAGGUGAACGGAGUACGUGGACACUCGUCUGCCGUUGUCCUAAAGGAGGAAUCAGGUGGAGUAGGAGGAUGAUGCUCAUCCUAUGUCAAACCAAACACACAGGUGAGUGGCACAAUAACAUGAGCAUAGUUUUGCUUCAGCACAAGAGACACGGACCAACGACAAAGAGUUAAUGGACCCUAAAAACAUGAACAGGACACAGGAUUGAGCUCAGCGAUCACGUUGCCUUGUUCGUGUCUACAGCUCCCUCUAGUGGCCAAACCUCAUUUUUAUAUUUUAUUUCUCUUCCUCUGUUCAUAGAGCUCAGAAUCAGAAACUUGUUGAUCGCCAAGUUCGGUGAUGGUUUCACAAUACUAGGAACUUACUUUGGUGAUUUGUUGGUUACAUAAAUCAUAAACCAGUGAACUAUGCUAAGAUUAAAAAAUGCAAAGUUCAAUCAAUCAAUGAAUCUUGAUGAUGUCAUGUUUAUUAAACUCCACAAGCUGAAUAAACAAUGAAGCAGCAGUCAACGUGAACAGGCUUGGUGUGAGGAUACCUUCCCAGCAGGUUCUGUUCUGGAGCCUCUACGUUUGCUCCAUGGGUAGAUCUCAGCAGAUUAUGACGUCACUGUGCAGCGCCUCAGGCAGGAUUACGUGCAUGUCCACUAGGUAGUGGAAAUGAAACCGUGGAGGUAAAGCAUGAGAGACGUCUGAGGCCGUGGUGAGUGAAACGCUACAUGAGCCAGGUAUAGGAACAGAUUCAACCGUUUUCUACCCUAAUGUUUUGGUGAACUGGAGGAUUAGACUAACUAACACUUCCUUCUAGUGUUUCCUGGUGCUAACAGGAUGAAGGUGCGGUGGACGAUGCUGGGCCUGGUGGUCUUCUUCCUGGUGUCUGUGGUCAUGACCUGCUGUUUCAUAUGGCAGUACAGGAUGCCAAAGAUGAAGACAGAUCCUGGUGAAACACAAUCACCUCAGGAGGAGAUGUGUCCUCGCUUCCCGGAGCCGGUGGCCCUUAAACAUCCCAUCACGGCGCUGAGGGUGGCUUUGGAGAAGAUCAGUUUGCUCCUGAAGACCAGUGUUCAUACCACCAAGCUGCCAGCGAUAUCGGCCAUUGUGGUUUUAAACGAUUCUGUGCUGUGGAACGGAAACUUUGGCAGGAGGAACCUGAGCGACGCCUCCUCAUCCGCACCCAAUGAGUACACGGUGUACAGAAUUGCGAGCCUCUCCAAGAUCUUCCCCACCAUAAUGCUCUACAAGCUGUGGGAGGACGGCCUGGUGGCCUCCCUGGACGACCCCCUGCAGAAGUAUGCUGAAAACUUCACCAUCAAGAACCCACUGGGGAAACGUGGAUCUUCAGACGGCCACCACUCCGGCCUGACCCUGCGGAGGAUGGUCAGCCAACUCUCAGGUCUACCCAGAAGGCUACGAUCCACCAACCUGCUGUGGAGCGGAGACACCUCAGCGGCCCUGGCUUUGUUGGAGGACGACAUCCUCGUGGCAGAUCCAGGCACCAAGUGCCACUACAGCAACGUUGCUUUUUCCUUAUUGGCCAACACCUUGGCUCAAAAGCUUGCGGGCACUGACUUCGAAAGCUGGGUUUCACAGCACAUACUGGAGCGGCUCCACAUGGAGGACACGACGUUCAGCCUGACUCCAGCUGCUGAGAGGCGCGUGGCUGUGGGGGUGUACAGCAGCGGACGGCCGGCGCCGCUCUACGACCUGGGCUGGUACCGCCCGGCGGGCCAGAUGUUCUCCACGCCCGCCGACAUGGCCAAGCUCACGAUGGCUCUUCUGGGCGCCUACGACGGGGCCCUGCUCCGGCAGGACACGCUCAACACCAUGCUGACGCCGGUGUUUCGGUGCCACCGCGGCUACUUCGCCAACUCCACCGGCACGCCGUGGGAGGUCAACGAGCAGCUGGGCUACGACGUGCUGAGGAAGGACGGAGACCUCGAUGGCUACGCAGCAAUGCUGUCCCUGGUGCCGCAACUCAAACUGGGCAUGGUGGUCCUGAUGGCCGGGGUCCGGCCGAAACCCCAGGACCUGGUGAAGCAGGCCUACAGCCACCUCAUCCCGGCCCUGGAGAACGCGUUCAGGGAGGCGAAGCGCACACUCAGGGCGCCACCUGACCCGGCGCCGUACGCUGGCUUCUUUACAUACAGGAACAUGACUUUCUAUGAAAUUAAACCCGACGUGAACGGGGUUCUGAUCAUGCAGCAGUUUGGACCGCAGAUAGACACGGCCGUGCCGUCCAAGUACAGAACCAUCCUGCUGGACUACCUGCAGGACAGAGUGUUCAGGGUGGUGUUCCAAGGCCCGUACCCAUGCAAGCUGAAGGUCAACAGUGCCUCCGUUUCCCUGGAGGCCCAGGACCGACAGCUCUUCAACUUCUACACGUUCAACAAGAAAGGCCUGUCGCCGGGGUUCGAUUCACCCGCACUCAACACUUACAGGGUGACGAGGAUUGCUGGCAGACCCUAUUUCACUUCCUGAAAGCUCGGACGGUCACACGUCAGCUUUCUCCAUGUGCUGUAUUUGAAUAAUGCAGAUAAAUCAGGACAGAUCAAAUGUUUCGAUUUGGCCAGUUAUGUCCUUUGGCCCUAAU